CGCUUAUACAUGUGAUAUUUGUGUGUUUGGGUUCCCUCUCGUUCCUCCUAGAGGAAUGCAGCGCCAUCGAGUCCCGCUCGAGAAGUAAAAUGAGUCUCUGAAUCCAUAAACCCCAGCAGAUGGCACUAAUGCUCUAUGUGAGUGUACAAGCUGCCAAUAAAGAAGAAGAAGAAGAGUCGCUUCUGCCACAGUAAUUCAGCAAGAAAUGUUGCAAUAUUCCCAUCAGCCUACAAGUGAAGACAAACAUCACAUCAUCAGGGAGAGCUGAAAUCUGCAAAGACUGAGUUUAUUAAAGAGGACAGUGAGAACAUGAGUGAUCCAGAACCCUGCAGAAUGAAACACACUGAAGAUACUGAAGAACAAAGAGAACUGAUGGAAGACAGUGAGGAGAGUAAAGAACUGAUUGAAAUAGAGGAUGAAGUUCAUAUCAAACCUGGAGAAAAACCUUUGGGUCGCUUAAAGACUAGAAACACAUUUUUAAAGAAAAGAAGAACCAAGAAAUGUUUCACUUGCACUCACUGUGGAAAGAGAUUUGUGUAUAAACAAAAUUUUGAGAAUCACAUGAGAGUUCAUACCAGAGAUAACCCAAAUGUAUGCCAUCAGUGUGGGAAGAGUUUCAUGCGGUCAUCUCACCUUACGAAACACAUGAGAGUGCACACCGGAGAGAAGCCGUUCACAUGUGAUCAAUGCGGGAAGAGGUUUCCGUACAAAGAAAGUCUUAAAGUUCACAUGACCGUUCACACCGGAGAGAAGCUGUUCACUUGUAAUUGGUGUGAAAAGAGAUUCUCAAACAAACAACAUCUAGAGAUCCACAUGAGAGUUCAUACUGGAGAGAAGCCGUUCACAUGCACUCAGUGUGGAAAGAGAUUCUCAUACAAAGAAAAUCUUAGAGUUCACAUGAGGAUCCACACUGGAGAAAGACCAUUCACAUGUGAUCAAUGCGGGAAGAGUUUCACACAAUUAGCACACCUUAAAGAGCACAAGAAUAUCCACACUGGAGAGAAGCCGUUCACAUGUGAUCAGUGUGGGAAGACGUUUCUUUGGGCAUCAGCCUUGAGGACACACCUGACAGUUCAUAGGAAGGAGAAGCCAUAUUCAUGUUCUGUAUGUGGGAAGAGUUUUUCAUGGCGGCCAUAUUUACAUGUACAUGAGAAAAUUCAUACUAGUGUAAGAGAUCAUGUGUGCUUUGAAUGUGGGAAGACUUUUAUUUCAGUGAGCGUUUUAAAACUGCACCAGAGAAUUCACACUGGAGAAAAACCUUACAAGUGUUCACACUGUGACAAGAGAUUCAGUCAGCCAUCUAAUCUGAAAAAACAUCAGAAGAUCCACAGCACAGAGAAGCCGCACACGUGUGAUCAGUGCGGAAAGAGCUUUGCUAUUAAUGUUCAACUGAAGGUACACAUGAGGAUCCACACUGGAGAGAAACCGUACAAGUGUUCACACUGCGACAAGAGCUUCAGUCAGUCAGCAAAUCUGAAAAUACACAAGAGGAUCCACACUGGAGAAAAACCUUACAAGUGUUCACACUGUGACAAGAGAUUCAGUCAAUCACAACAACUGAAAACGCAUGAGAUGACCCACAGCACAGAGAAGCUGCACAUGUGUGUUCAGUGUGGAAUGAGUUUCGCUGUUAAACGCUACCUGGAGUUACACAUGAGGAUCCACACUGGAGAGAAACCUCACAAGUGUUCAAACUGUGACAAGAGAUUCAGUCAGUCAUCAUCUCUGAAAAAACAUGAGAGGACACACAGCAGAGAGAAGCCGCACACGUGUGAUCAGUGUGGAACAAGUUUUGCUUUUAAAAGUCACCUGAAGAUACACAUGAAGAUCCAUGCAGUGGAGAAACCACAUCACCAAAAUAUUAGAUGACCUCAAAUAGGUCACGACCUAUUGAAAUGUGCCGGAAUGAAACUCUCUGUUGACUGGCAUCCAGAGCAGACAGGCCAGGGAAUGGAGAGAGAUUUCUAGGAAGGCAAGAGACUGCAGUCACAUGCUCCACCCAUUAAACAUCUUAUUCCAGCAGUCCCCGUAUGCCUUCAGAGCCCCCCGAAAUUCUCACCCUCAGCAGAUUGAGCCACAACCCAAGUCAGCUCAGCUGAGGGCAAAACGCAGUGGAAAUAAAGUCACAUUUCUGUUUAAGACGAUGUAUGGAUGAUUAUGUUUUUUCACACCCCUAUGCUUAGUCUUUCUAUUAUAUUGUAUUCAUACUCUUUGCAUAACCUUUUGUUUAGUUUUAGUUUUGUCUGUGUGCUCUUAGUUCAUUGUUUUGAACUGUACAGUAGUGCUUUAAUAAAGACCUUAUGUCUAAUUGCUAAAAAUGCCAGUAUUUUACAUUAAAAAUAAAUAUUUGUCUUUAACAAAUUAUUUCGGUUUGUCUAAAGUAACGGAUGAAUUUUAUGCAGGCUCGAUGUUGUUCUGUUUUGUUCUUGGACAAUUACAUUUGUUGCUGUUUAUUUGGAUCUUCUGCAGUUCAACUCAAAUAUUAUAAUUGUAUUAAAAGCAAAAAAAAAAAGUUCUUUAAAUCUGGAAAAAGUUGAUUUAAUAAAAUAAAAAAGCCACUGUGUGUCUGAUGCU